UGAUAAACUGAAUUACAAAAAAUAAAUUCUGAAAAUACAUGCAUUCUCAUUAAUUCUUUUCAGGAUUACAGUGUCUGUUAUAGCGCGGUCGCCGCUAGAAGGACGCCGUCGUCGGAGCGUUUUCACUGUCGCUGUAGUGGCGCGAUGUCAGUGGGGUUUCUUAAACCCAAAAUUGCCCCUGCCAUGAGGUAGUUUAUGGGCUUUUAAGGGUAUAAAGGACAUUUUGCCGCUAAAUAUAAAAAAAAGAAACCCUAAUUUCCCUCCCUCAUUUAGUAACGACGUCACCAUAUUCUCUCUAAACUCCAAGGGAUCUCUCACUCAUCUUCGCUGGCGAUGACAUCAAUCCCGGUCGUUUUCAGGCAAUCGUGAUUGCAGUGAAGAACUGCAGUCUUUUCUUCUCAAUAGAACAGAUCGCUUUAGCUUUGUUGCAUGCGAGGUAGCCCAGGCUAUUGUAGUCGACUUAAUUAAUUGCCUCAUGGAUCCUUUUGAUGAUAUAGCUCCUGUUGCUCCCAGUCGGCCAGGCCUGAAGUUUAUGCCAAAGGCCAAAUUGAAACAGUUGCCGCGAAAGGAAAUAUCUGUAUUAGAUCAUGCAACCUCAUCUACAACAUUCAGUGAUCGUCCACAGGUAGAAAUUCCAAAUUCAGAGGAUGCCACAAAUCCUAAAACAAAGAAUUCUCAACAAGUUAGUGCAAAAGGACAUACUGUGGCCUUAGUGGAUGAUCAUCUUCAUUCCACAAUUGCAGCAUCUGACAUUGAUCAGAUUUUUACAAACUUUCCAAGAUCAGCAAGUGAGGCAGGUCCUGUAGAUUUUGAGGUGGGCUCAGGCACUAAUAUCAUACCUCAGACCAACCUCAAUACUGAAAAUGAAUUGAAUAACGUGACUGCUCCAUGUACAACUUGCUCAAUCAUAGAUGGGACGCAAGAACCACCUAAAAAUGGGGAAGGUUCAUUUCUUGAUAGCAGCAAAUGUUUGGAACUUGUGGAUAAUUCAUUGCAAGUUGAAACGGAUGUGGGCUUCAAAAGUGAUUCAGAUAAUAAAGUUGCAAUAUUUGAGAGCAACAUUCAAUCAAAGUCAAACUUUGGAAGAGAACAAGAGGUAGUAUCUGCAGAAUUUGAAUUGGAUCCUUUCAGCAAUGUCCUGCCUGAUCCUGGUGCUAGAAAUGCUCGUAAAUUUCAACCCAAGAUUAAGCCACGACCUAGAGUAGGCAAUUCGGCAGCUAACGCCUCUUCUUCAUCUAAUGUUAUGACGGAAAAGUCUGUUGAGUUGCCUAAUUCUUGCAUGAAUGAAUUUCAAUCUAAUGGUGAUGGGAGUGACAGACUAAACCAGUCAACCAGUUUACCUUUACCAUCACAGAUACUUAGGACAACCGAUUUACCCAAUAAGCCUGAUUAUAUGAGCCCAAGUAUUCCAUUCUCUGAAGACAACACAGGCUUGGCACCGGUAAUUCCUUCCCAACUGGAUUCCCUUAAUGCUAUGCUUUUGGAGGUUGCAACUCAUAAUGGAACUAGAGAUUGGCCUUCUAGCUUUGGUAAAUCAUCCGGAGAGGCUGCAGACAUUUUUUCUGGGCUGGAAUCCCUUGAUGACUUUCUCACCCAAGCUGCCUCUGAUACAGGAAAGCCAGCUCUUCAUUCUUUCAAUGAGAAGGGUACCGAUGAAAAUUUUGUCAAUCAUAAUUGUAGAUCUAUCAACUCUUUUGGGGUAUGUGAUACUACCCAAGUUCAAAGGUGUCCCAUGUAUCAGACCACCCAAGAUUCAAUAACCUUCAAUGAAGCUGCAGUUCUCAAUGAGGACGAUACACACACUAACAAUAGAAGGUUGGAAACGAAGGAAGUUGUGGACUUGAAUCCUGCCUGCCCAGGUGACGAUGUCUUUGAGUAUCAAUCUAUGAAAUCUGGUACAGAUCCAACUUCUGAAACUCCAGUGCAUGAAGAGUUGACAAAUGCUGCAGAUAGUCCCACAUUGGCUGAUUUUUUGCAUGCAGAUGUUGCUAGAGAAAAAGAUGCUAAUGAGAGAACAAAGGAUGGCUCAAUUUCAAGUUCGUCGAGGAAGAAUAAAAGAUCGUCUAUUAUUGGAGAGGAGGAUAAUGAUGGUAACACCUCUAGGCAGCUGAGAAAACAAACGGCUCACAAACCUACUAACAGUUCAUUGAAUGAUGAUGUUGAGGAUGAUGAUAACCUUGACGCUAAUGGAGAUGAACUUGAAGAAAAUGGUGAUGACCAUGAAGUUGAUUAUUCAUCCAAGAAGGGAAGAGCAUCAACAAGUUCAAAGAAGAAAUCUGGUGCUAAAAAUGGCAAGACAACUCAAAAGCGCAAGAGGGCUAAUGAUGAUUUAGAAAAAACUAUUAAAGAACCUCCUAAAAAGUUCUCUCAUUCAACCCAACGAAGGAAAAGAACUGUGGACAAGGCUCUGCUGGAAAUUCCUGAAGAUGAACUUGAUCCUCGAACAUUGCCUAUCAAGGAUAUUAUUUUACUCGCAGAAUAUAGGGAGCGGCUUGCGAAAAAGGAGGGAACACCUCAAACAACUUCCACCUAUCAAAGUGGUGGAGAUUUUCUUCAUGAGGCCAGUGCUAAUUAUGAAGAGGAGGAGAUCUUUGGUUCAGAAGAUGGUAGAGACCCAGAUGAUGAUCGAGCCAAUGGAAGGAUUCCAUCAGCUUCCUCUUUAUUCAAUUACCAGUCUUUCAUGGAAAAGGCACCUAGGGGAAAAUGGUCGAAACAAGAUACUGAAUUGUUUUAUGAGGCUGUUAGGCAGUUUGGCACAGAUUUUUCUAUGAUACAACAGCUUUUCCCUGAUAAAACACGUCAUCAAAUUAAGUUGAAGUACAAGAAGGAAGAGAGGCAACAUCCUUUACGGUUAUCUGAUGCUGUAAAUAAUCGUGCAAAAGAUCACUCUCAUUUUAAAUUGGUGAUUGAACGUCUGGAACUAGCUUCCACCAAGGCAGAAGACGACCCCAGUAGAGAUGCCUCAGAUUUUAUGAUGGGGGAGGAGGUGACGGACCUAACACCUGGAACUAAUGAGGAGGUUGCAACAACUGAGCAGGGCGCCGAUGUUAAAGCUCAGGAAGAUUCUGCAGCAGUUCAUAGUCCAGAGCAGUCUGAUGAUAGCGAUGAUGACUUUCAAAAAUGGGCUCAGUAUAAGAGUGCCUAUUAGUUGAAGAGUAUAAACUAUAUGAGCUCAUUUUGUUUUUAUAAUAUUUAAUGUGAAAUUCUUUUAAUUGCUGAUGAAUUGUGACAUCACUACCAUUUUUCGAUAUCAUAGUUCAGGGCAUUUAUUUCCUUUUAUUUAUUUAUUUUCAUUCGGUGUACAGCAUUUUUUCCCGCAAGAAUUUUGUAAGUUUGUAAUCAACUCGUGUUCAUUAUAUAUUCUUUUAUUUGUUCUCGAUAUAUAGCAGAAUAUCGCAAAGCGU